ACUAUGACGCUAGAGUUUGAUGAUGACACCAUGCUUUUUCAAAACCUAGUGAAGAAAAUAGAGAGAGAGAGAGAGAGAGAGAGAGAGAGAGAGAGAGAGAGAGAGAGAGAGAGAGAGAGAGAGAGAGAGAGAGAGAGAGAGAGAGAGAAGAGAGAGAGAGAGAGAGAGAGAGAGAGGAGAGGAGAGAGAGAGAGAGAGAGCAAGAGAGAGAGAGAGAGAGAGAGAGAGAGAGAGAGAGAGAGAGAGAGUGCGAGAGAGAUAGAGAGAGAGAGAGAGAGAGAGAGAGAGAGAGAGAGAGAGAGAGAGAGAGAGAGAGAGAGAGAGAGAGAGAGAUGGAGACAAAGAGGGAGGGAGAGAGAGAGAGAGAGAGAGAGAGAGAGAGAGAGAGAGAGAGAGAGAGAGAGAGAGAGAGAGAGAGAGAGAGAGAGAUGGAAAUGGAUGAGAUGUGAGAACUACAAGCAUUAGCAUCGUAACAUCGUGCAUCAA